CUAUCCUAUCCUGUAAUAAUAAAGAAUAUCAUACUACUAAUGCCAACAUUAAAGCUGGUCCAUCCUAUAAUAAUAAAAAAUAUGAUACUACUAUUGAAGAUUAUCAAAGUAAUGAGAAGCAAUCUAAUCAUGAAAAUGGUAAUGAAAGUGAUAAUGAAAAUGCUACGUAUUUAGCUUGUGACAAAGAAUUUCAAGACAUCGAAGAACUAGAAGAAUCACAACCUAGAAAAAGAAAAAAAGCACCUAGAAAUUCAACUAAAGGAAAAAGAAAAAAAUAUUAA